CAAAUCCACAAUUAAAAGUGCGCCCCGCCUCCCACCGCCUGUCAUUACGACAUCAACGUGCGACAAAGCGUGAUACAAUGGUAUCACGUGUGUGAUGGAAAGAUACUGUUUGUUAUUUGAACCUAGUCGUCUUGCUUGAUUAUCUAUAAAAAUGAACGAAUCUGUGGGAAUUGUUGAGAAACAAAAUCCGAGCUUUGGAGACCGGGGUGUACAUGAUGAAUCUGUGUCGGACAUGAUUAAGUUUCUCAGUAUUGAUGUGGAUCUGAUCUCUGGCUCGUCAAACAGAGAGGAAACCUUAUGUUCGAAAAAUGUGAUGCGGAAACAGCGGAACUGGGAGAGGAGACUGGAGGCAAAAAAGAACAAGAGGAAAGAGGAAAAACAGAGAAGGAAGCAGAAUCGGCAAGAUAAAGUAGGUGUUGAGUCUCAGCUCAGUAAACGUGUGAUGAAGGCUAUCACAAGAGAGCGUCUGGAGGAGGCGAGAGCAGCUGGACCAAGGCUUUGUGUGGAUCUGAGCAUGAGCGACUGCAUGUCACACAAAGAAAUCAGUCGUCUCGCCGGUCAAAUCAGACGUUUGUAUGGGUCAAAUAAGAAAGCAGUGCAGCCGUUUCACCUCUUUCUCACAGACAUGAAAGAAGACAGUCUGCUUUAUAAAGAGUGCAUCAGAAUGAAUGAAGGCUUUCUGAACUACUUGAUGGAUAUCACUGAAGAAAGUUGGAUUGACCUCUUUCCCAGUCAUGAAGUAAUUUAUUUAACUCCAGAUGCUAGUGAAGCCCUAGAGGAAGUGAAUGGAAACAAAGUCUACAUUCUCGGAGGCCUGGUUGAUGAGAGCAUUCAAAAGAAACGGACCUACACCAGGGCAAAAGAGCUUGGCGUACAGAUGGCAAGACUUCCCAUUGAUGAGUACAUGAUGAAAAGACCAAACAUCAAGAAUUUUCACUCAAAGAUUUUAGCCAUUAACCAAGUAUUUGAAAUCCUGCUGACUUAUGGUGAUACUGGAAGCUGGAGCAAAGCCCUCAGAGCUGGAGUUCCCACAGGAAAGGGAUACAUUGUGUCUUCUGAAGCUGAAUCCAAUGAUGACCAAUAACUGAUGACUAAUAACCCAUAUACCAGCACAACAUAUGGAUAUUGUGAAAUUUCUCAUGCUUUAGAGAAAGAAUUGAGGAAUGAUUUUGCACUGAUCUGGUGGUUCAAAUGUGAUUUUAAAAUAUGAAAUAAUGCUCAGCACUGACCAAGUGUUAAAGCAAUGACCAGAUUAUUAUAUUAGCACAGCGGUGACUAUUGUUGUUCUGUGAACACUAAUUUUGCCACUAAGCAUGACAUCCUUCUGUUUAUUUUAUUCCUAGCUUAAACAUCUUUUUAAUUAUUCAGGUCAAAUUUAUUAGUACUGCACUUUUAACAAUAGACAUUGUUAAAAAGCACCAUUACAUAAAUAAAUAUGUACAGCCGAUCUGAUUUUAAAUUAUUUUCUGUGUACGGUUGCUUUAUGUGACUUUUGUUUAAAAUGUUUUUUUUUUUUUCCUGCUUACUGAUUAAGAUUUAAAUGCAAUUGAGUUUGUGGAAGUUUCAAAUUCACCUUAAAGGAUUCUUCAGAGAAGAGGUACCAUCAACAGUAAUCUAAUGUAUCUUUAGGCUGGCCAUGUAGCCCAUUUUAUUUAUUUAUUUAUUUAUUUAUGUGAUAGAAUGAACAAAUUACAUAAUUUAAAUGCAAUUAGUUUCCUCUCAAAACUGCAGCUUCUCAUCAGGGUGUAUUGUACAGUGUUUUCUAAUUAUUUUGAAUUGAUAUUAUUUAUCUAAAUGCACAUUUCAGUUAAUAAUUUCAUGGUAUUUGUAUUUUCCAUGUGAAUACAUAAAAAAAAAAAAAAAAGCUUUUUUCUCUUUAUGCUGAAAUAUGGCCUUCUUGAAUUUAUCCAUAAUUACCGUCAUGUCUAGAAAUUUUGACAGAAACUAUUCCUAUCUGUAUUUUAAGAUAAAGGUUUGGGUCAGUUAACUCAUAUUUGGAUUAAAGGUACACAAGUUAUUUAAACUGUAUGAAAUAAAGAAAGAGUAUACCAUAAAGAUAUACAGUAAAACUGUAGUAACAUUUAGGCCUAAUUUUAGAAUCAGUUACACAUUCUUUUUUUCCAAAUAGAUGUCAUGCAAACAAGAAUUGGGUUCUUAAAAUUCUGUGAUUAAAAAUCUAUCAAAAUAAGAUUGGUAGUUUGAAUCAUAAGAAACACAUCAGCCAAGUUUAUUUAAAAGGUUUACUACAGCAGUAGUUGUAGUUUUUAUUUUAGUAAUUUAUGUUGAUAAGAGGGGGAUGGCAGUGGUAACAAAAUACAUUCUAAACUGUUUGAUAGAAUUAUAAUGGGGAAAAAAAGCAGUUGAGCCAAUGUAAACAAUGCUACAGAAGAACUCAAUGCUACAGUAAUUCAUGCAAGUAGCCCAUUACAGACUGUGAUAAACAGACAUAUGUGUACAUCCUGUUAUAUACAAUGUAUUAUGAAUUUAAUUUGUUUGUUACAAGCUUUUCUGUUUAUAAUCAAGGUUGUCAUUUAAUUGAAUCCACCGCGGAUCAACAAGUGGACGCGGUUAAAGUCUAAUGGCUUAGCGUUCUAAACUUUUGGGUGCUGAGAACUAAAACCAUAAACAAAUGCUUUACAUUGCAGUGUUUUUUUGUACAUCAUAAAAUCAUUAUUAUCAAACUAAAAUCCAUUGUAGAAACUUAUUGGACUCUGUGUGCUUAAUGGAGCCUGAUUGUCUCCAUUGGUGUCACACGUUGAUAGACACCAACAUGUGACCUACAAGAUGCCAGUGUGUAUUAGUCCUUGAUUGUGCCCAUGAGAUUUAACAUGAACCAUUACAGUUUCACUGUCAUUGUGUCACAAACACAAAUCAAUUAUUCCAAAUGGUUUAUCACAAGCUCACCCCAAAUUAAAACUAUUUUACUUUACAAAUAAUUGUGAAACUGCUCUUGUAUUCUAAAACUAUGAUAAGAGAAGCCAAAUCCAAGUUGCAUUAACUAGUCUUUUAGGCUAAUGAUCCGAUUCAGUAACACACAGUCGAUAAAAACAGAAAGACUAAUUUGGCAAAAGAGAUGGACCUGUGUGAGGCACAGACACGCUGUAUUUCAAACUAUAGGUCAUUGUCUACAAUGUGUUAUCUGCUCAAUUAUCUAUAUAUAGCUUAUAAUUAAAUUAAGCAAAUUUAAGUCACAUUUUAAGUCUUUAACUUGAUAUACUCAUUACUAAGCCUUUUGUCAACCUUUUGUCUUUCUUAUGUAUUUGUAAUUUAAAUGCACACGU